AUGCAACAGCGGAGCCUCUCGGAGCUCCAAGGGUCCCCUAGCCGCUGGACUACCCCCCGGAGCACCCGUCUGAGGAGAGGGUCCGGGCGCCGGUGGCCCUGCCUGCCAAGUGGGGCCCCUCUCUGGGCAUGGCUCCUGCUGGGGACCCUGGCGGUUCCUGGAGCCUGGAGCUUCCUGAGCGAGGAGCAGGAGGAGCUGCUGGUAGAGCUCCACAACCACUACAGAGGGCAGGUUUCACCCAGCGCCUCCGCCAUGCUGCCUCUGCGAUGGGACCCGAGCCUGAAGCUGAUCGCAGAGGGCUACGCUGCUAAAUGCAUCUGGAACCACAACCCAGAACUGGAGGACACCGGAGAGAACCUGUUCGUCGGUACCGGGUCUCUGGACCUCCGGGAGGCUCUGGAGAAAUGGUUUCUGGAACAUCUGGACUAUGACUUCCAAAACAACAGCUGUGAUGAAGACCAGAUGUGUGGUCACUAUACGCAGAUGGUGUGGGCAGACACACACAGAGUCGGCUGUGCUUUCCAUCUCUGUAACAACAUGAAGGGUCUGGAGUGGGAGAGAGUCUCUUUCCUCGUGUGCAACUACUACCCAGCAGGGAACUACGAGGACGAGAGGCCGUUUGUUGAAGGAGAAUGGUGCUCCAGAUGCCCGGAGAACCUCCAGAAUUGUGAAAACAACCUCUGUGUUGUUCUUCCUACAGGAACACAUGGCCGUGCCUUCCAGCCAGAAGAAGAGGAAGUAGUUCUUCCUCCACCGGGAACAUCUGGCCCCGCCCUUCUGCCUGAAGAGGAGGAAGAAGAGGAGGUGGUGGACCCCGAUGUCCAGCCUGCCACCACCACUGCUUCUGCCAGUUUCACCACCACCACCACCACCACAGCAGAAGAGGACCCUAAGGAAGCACCCUCAACUCCACAGGGAAAGGAGAAGACGGAAGAGAAGAUGGAGGACGAGAAGAGAAAGGAACCUCCAGAGAAGACGGCGGGGAAAGAGAAAGACGUAACGCGCUACAAAUACACGAAGAACACGGAGGUCAGAGCCUUCGGUGCUGAUUCAGCAUCCUCCCCUUCCCUCCUGUUAGCCUGCCUGACUGGGAUCCUGACUCUGAGGCUGUGA